UGUUGACGUUAUUUCUAUGCGCCCUUUCUCAGAAGGGUUUUUGUUGAUGUUCGCUUUCUGUAGUGUGUGGUUUUGACAUGAAUGAGUUUAGCAGCAUUUUGGAUUAAUGCAUUGAGUUAACAACCUGUUAGCUACGAUAUUGUGCUGUAGCCGCUUCUGGGAAGAUUAGUUUCUCUGAUUGUAUUACUCCCAGUGAGUGAAAGUGAUGGCGAAUGACCGACUGAGAGCUUUGGAGGAGGUUGAGAAUCAAAUUGCAACGAUUCUGCAGUGCGCCGGUAACAUCGUGUUGGAGCUGUCUAAAGACAAGCACAAUGCCAGUUUCCUGGACAGACAGCUUAGUCAGUUUACUGGCUCGGUCAGCAGAGUGGAGACUGAACUCAGCUCACAGAUCAAAUACCUCACACAGGUUGCCACAGGCCAGCCCCACGAAGGCUCCACAUACUCAGCUAGGAAGGACUGUCAGAUGGCCCUGAACAGAGCAGAGUACGCCAGGGUCAAACUGGGAGAGCUGGGACGCACCUGCGAAGUCAUGCUGGAUCCACAACCCUGAGAGAAAACAGUCACACCAGAACGAUGGUCGGGAGAGCGCAGUAGGUGGACGUGUCCAUGGCUUGUUGUCACCGUGGUGUGUUAGCGUCACCGUGGUGUGUUAGCGUCACCGUGGUGUGUUAGCGUCACCGUGGUGUGUUAGCGUCACCGUGGUGUGUUAGCGUCACCGUGGUGUGUUAGCGUCACCGUGGUGUGUUAGCGCCACCUGCCGUGGAGAGAUGGGAACUGAAAUACUUUUCUUUUGUUUUUGAUUUUUAUAUGAUAUUAGUCAGAAAAUGUAUAUGGCUAUGUUUUGUAAUAAAGUUAGUGUUUCAUUACA